AUGUCAGGCGCCGCCAUGCCGGGCCCCGGGGAGGCCUCGCCCGGUUCGGGCUCGGUCCCGGUCCCGGCGUCGCCGCCGCCGCGGUCGCCGCUGUUCGGGGGCUGCCUGAGCUGCCGCCUCGUGUGCGGCGCGGGGCUGCUCCUGGCGGCCGCCUGGCUCUACCAGGGCCCGCGCAGCGUCAUGAAGAGGGGGAUCCCGCCGUCCAUGGGCGCCAUCGCGCAGAUCACCUUCGCCCUCAGUGUGGGGGCCUGGGGCAUCGUCAUCAUCUGGGACCCCGUGGGGAAACAGCUGCCCAAGGAGCCCUGAGGGGGAGGAGGGGCUGGGACCCCCCAGGACCCCCCAAAAUCUCCCCCCCCGGGGGUGACAAAGAGGGGGGACCCCCCCAAUAAAGCUGCUUUACCCCCA